AUGGGGGCUAUGGUGCCCAGCCAGCCUCCCGGCAUUCAGCCGAUUCCUUUCGUGACCCCGCCCGCUUGCCUCCACGUCGGGCGCAGGCGGGGCCUCCCGCCCGCCAGCCCCCCAGGGCCCGUCGGGGCCGGAGGGGCAGGGACUGAGGCCAUUGGGCCGGCCGUCGGAUUUUUUUCCCACCAGCAGCUCAGGUACUGGGCUGCUCGAGUUUCGGACCCCUGGGUGAUAGCCACCUUGACCCAUGGGUACGUGCUCCAGUUCCGACGCCGGCCCCCCGUGUCCCGCCGGGUCCGGGUAACUACUGUCUCGGACCCGGCGAGGGCUCUGGCCCUGAGCCGGGAGCUGUCUUCUCUCCUGGCCAUGGGGGCCAUCGAGCCUGUGGAUCCCCGGGCUUGCCUCCGGGGUUUUUACUCGACUUAUUUUCUGGUUCCGAAGAAGACCGGCGGUUUUCGGCCGGUUCUGGAUUUGCGGGGCCUCAAUCGGUACCUGAAGGUACUUCCGUUCCGCAUGUUGACCGUCGCGCAUGUAUUGCGGGUGGUCGCCCGGGGGGAGUGGUUCACCUCCGUGGACUUGAAGGACGCCUACUUUCAUGUGCCGGUUGCUCCUCGCCACAGGCGGUUUCUCCGCUUCGCCUACAGGGGUCGCCACUGGCAGUUCAGGGUGCUCCCCUUCGGGCUCUCCCUUUCCCCGAGGGUGUUCACCCGUGUUGUGCGGGCUGAUCUGGCUCCCCUCCAGUCGGUGGGCAUGAAGAUUCUGCCCUACCUCGACGACUGGCUGUUGUGUGCGCCGUCGAGCGCUCAGGCGUACGGCGAUACGGCAGUCCUUCUUGCCCACGUGGCUCGCUUGGGCAUCAGGGUGAAUUUGGGGAAGUCGUGUCUGGUUCCUUCCCAGCAGGCGACCUUCCUCGGGGUGUCUCUGGACUCGGUGGCCAUGUUGGCUCGACCGUCGUCCCGUCGGGUGGAGGCCGCUCUUCGCCUCCUCUCGCAUUUUCGGGUGGGUCAGGUACGUCCGUAUCUGACCUUUCUGCGUCUUUUGGGCGUGCUGACGUCCCUGACCGCGGUCGUGCCCCUUGGUCUUCUCUUCUUGCGCCCCCUGCAGCGGUGGCUGAAUGGCUUUCGCCUGGACGCCAGGCGGCACCGGCGACGGUUACUGAGAGUCUCGGGCCGGUGCGCGGUGGCCUUGGCGCCGUGGAGGAACGGGGCUUUCUUGUUGGAGGGCGUUCCAUUGGGGGUUGCCCCGGUCCGUCGCGAGGUGGUCACUACGGACACCAGUCGCUUGGGAUGGGGUGCCGUCUGGCAGCGCAGGGCUGCUCGGGGCAGCUGGUCUCUGCGGGACCACGCUGUCCACAUCAACGUCCUGGAGCUGCGUGCGGUUCACCUGGCUCUCCGGCACUUUUACCCUUUCCUACGGGGAAGGCACGUGCUGGUGCGUUCAGACAACGCUGCCGCCGUGUACCACAUCAACCACCAGGGGGGGACGAGGUCCGCUCAUCUCUUGGAGGCCUCCCGCCGUCUUCUUGUGUGGGCGGCCCCUCGUCUUGCGAGUCUGCGGGCCGCCUAUCUUCCCGGCCAGUUGAACCGUCUGGCGGACUCCUUGUCCCACCGUCGCCUCCCGCCGGGGGAGUGGCGCCUCCAUCCCGAGGUGGUGCGCGCGAUUUGGGAAGUUUUCGGCCAAGCCGAGGUGGACCUCUUCGCCUCCCGGGAGUCGGCCCAUUGCCCUCUCUGGUUUUCCCUGGGGGAGCGCUCCAGCCCUCUCGGUCAGGACGCGCUGGCCCACCCCUGGCCGAGGGUCCUGCUCUACGCCUUCCCGCCGCUCCCUCUGAUCUGGCUGACGCUUCGGAGGGUGUCUUUGGAGGGGCACUCGUUGCUGCUGGUGGCCCCCUUCUGGCCGGCUCGCCCAUGGUUUCCCCUGCUGCGCAGCCUGUGUGUCGGCGAGCCUUGGUGCCUCCCCGAGAGGCGGGAUCUACUGUCCCAGUUGGGGGGCCAGUUAUGGCAUCCCGAUCCUCGCCGUCUCCGCCUGCACGUCUGGCCGCUGAGGGGACCGACUCGCUGUUUGACGCCUGCUCGAGUUCAGUCAGGCGGACGCUUUGAACGCCCGGGCGCCCUCCACCCGGCUGCAGUACGCUGGCCGGUGGAGGUUGUUCGUGAAGUGUCCCUCCUUGAUAGGGGUCGCUCUCCGUCCACCCUCAAGGUCUUCGUCGCCGCCAUCUCUGCUCAUCACGCCAAGAUCUCUGGUGGAUCUGUGGGGAACCACGGCCUGGUCGCUACAUUCCUCAAGGGGGCUCUGAGGCUCCACCCCCGCAGGUGUCCUCGUGCCCCGGUCUGGGAUCUGCAGCUGGUGCUUGACAGCUUGUGCCGCCCCCCCUUCGAGCCUAUGGAUGCGGCCGGGCCUCAGUGGGUCGCCCGCAAGGCGGCGUUCCUGCUGGCCGUUGCCUCUGCUAAGCGGGUUGGCGAACUGCUCGCACUCUCGGUUAGCCCGUCGUGCAUGUUUUGGCACCCCGAGGGUUCAGGUGUCACACUGUGGCCUAACGUUGCGUUUAUGCCCAAGGUGUUGGCUGGCUCCCGUUGCAAUCGUCCCUUACGCCUUGCUCGUUACCGCCCCCCGCCUGGGGAGGGUGGGAGCAGACCGGAGCUGUUGUGCCCGGUGAGGGCCCUGAGGCUUUAUGUGGACUCCACGGCAAGUUUUCGUAGGUCGUCCCAACUUUUUGUCUGCUACGGGGCACGUGGUCGGGGCUCUGCCCUCUCCAAGCAGCGCCUCUCUCAUUGGGUCGUUGAUACUAUUUCUUACUCCUAUCAGAUGGCUUGUCGCCCCCUGCCGUGUGCGCUGUCACUCUACCAGGGGCGUUGCCACAUCCUGGGCUGCCCUGAAAGGGAUGCCUCUGGGGGACAUCUGUGCCGCCGCCUCAUGGUCGGCGCCUGGCACCUUCUUCAGGUUCUACUGUUUGGACGUCACCUCUCCCCACCCGCUGGGUGCGGUCUUCGGAUCGGAGGGGACUUCCCUGUGAGGUUUGUGUCUGUUUCUUCGUGA